AUGGCUCCCCCAAGAGCCUACAUCCCCUCUGCAGCCCUUAUCCGUGCCCUUACCCGACCGCAGCCAGCGCCAUGUCCAUUCGCACGAGCCCUCCCGGCCCAGUUCGUACGCGGCAAGAAGUCCAAGGCGGCCAAAGCACGAGAAGCCGAGAGAGCGCAAUUGGCGCGACAAGCCAGGAGAGAACGCCACGUGACGGAGACGGAACAGAAGGCUCUGGAGGGGGUCGACAAGGGAAAUCAAGGCCAGACAAAGAAAACCCUCAAGGACAGAAAGCUAGCCGCAGCAACAGGACCGCUGGGCGACCUCAUCGCGAAGAUGAACGAUGAAAAGGAGAUGGACAAGUUGCUGAUGCGCCCCCCGUCAGAAAACAUAACCGACAAUGACGACGACCUCGACAUCGACUUUUACGAGCAGGACAUUCACACUGGCGCACGGCGCAAAGUGGAUAGAUUUGGAACAGUCGCCGUCGGGACAGCUGCAGAUAGGAAUCGAGAGAAGGAGACGCUUCUGAUGAUCGAGGAGGAGGAGAAGGACCCAAACUUCGAUGAUGCCGAGCUGAAUAGGCGACUGAUGGAUGGGCUCAUGGCAGACCCAGCUUUUGCCGACCUGACAGAGGAGCUCAAGGAGAUCAAGGAAAGCAUUUUGACAAAGCAGGAGAUCAAGAAGAUGGAGGAGCAGGCCGACAAGGAUGCACAACCGACAGUCAACGAAAUGAACGCAUCGAUGCGCAUGGCCAUACACGAAGCCGUCACGGAGCUUCUCAAUGACCCAGACAUUGGCGACGCCAAGGAAGACCUGCAAGCAGUGCUCGACAAGAUGCCCGAGAUGAUGGACGUUGACGACCCGGAGUACCAGGCACUUAUCGACCGGGCCAUGUCCAAGGUCAACAGCAACGAAAAGAUGCAGGAGAAAAUGAAAGCAGGCCACGCAAGUGAAACUGUCGAGGACAAGCAGAAUUGGGUCAAGUUUGAGAAGGACAUGGAAGACCUUCUCGCACCAGAAGAAGAGGAUUACGACGAGCAUGGCAUGCCGGCAAUUGUAGAACCCGAAGAACUACAGAAGGUGAUGCUUCAGAUGCGCGACAUCAUGAAGGACCUCAACGUCAGUGGAGACAUCAAAUCUGAGCUCGACAGGAUGGUUGCCGAACCGUUGCCCACCGACGAAGGCGAUGAGGUUGACGAGAACGGUUUCAACUUCAAUGAAGACACAGACCCCGCGCAGCUCGCGGCUGAGCUUACCAAACUUGCCGCAUCCAAACUCGAAUCUCCUCCUACUCCUGACUCCGAAGCUGAGGACGAGGAGCAUAUCCCGCCCGAACUCCAGGCCAAAGUUGACAAGAUCAUGGAAGACCCGCGACUGAUGGAGAAACUCGUGUACAUCCAGAAGCUGAUCGCCGAGCACACACCGAAGAAAGAUCCAAAUGAUUUGACGCAAAUUGACCACGAGCUUGCCCCCGAUCCGUACGAACUGGAAGAUUCACGCACGGCAACCCUCGCGCAACGCAUGGCAGCCGCGCGCGCCGACCCCGAGCAUUCGGCCGCUCUACGCCGGCUACGCGUGCGUCUCCAGCCACCGUUCAACAUCUCUCCGGCGCUGAAGUCAUUUAACCAAGCACUGGAAUUUGCAUACAUUGGCGCCAAUGAUGAUGUACGAAGAGUGUUGUGGCGAUCAUACCAGAAAGCACGCAGCCUACCCACGUUCCUAGCAAACUUGAGCGAUGAGGCGUGGGACAUACUGUACUACAGUCAGGCGGUUACUUGGAGCGGGAAUCAAAACCGCACAGCGCAUCUGAAGAUGCUCUUGGCGGACCUUCAAAAGGUUGGCAGGAGUGGACCGCCGACGCAUCCGAGUACCCUUGGGCAGCAAGCAGGCGAGACUGUUGAGACGCAGGCGCUGUAA